AUGGCAGUAGCCCUACAUGCUGAUUCUCCCUACACUGCCAGAGAUAAAAAGAGCUUUUGGAAGUACAGUACAGCAUUCAGUGUCCUAUUAUCCCCGUGGUGGGCUGCAAACAUACCAGUUCUAAAGCCUUCCCAGGCACUAAAAUCGUCUCUGGAACAGAAUGACAAGGGCUUUACAAUCACUUCUGCAUUGAAUCCUCAUGUUACCACUAUAUUUAUCUCAUGGUACUUGAUACUCAUUUCUUCUGCUUUUUUUCUUUUUCUUCUUCCACAAUUGUGGUCACUUAGGAGUGAAUUUCAUCAGUUAAGACCUGGAGAAAUUAAAGAAUCCCAGGAGGAUUUUUUUGAUGAUUCAUCUCUUCAUAGGAGAUUCUGGAAUCUGUGGCGAGAUAAGUAGGACUUCCUGGAACGGCUUCCUGUCCCAUUGCUCCUGUACAUCAUUUCCUUUCUGGAGCUUGAAGAUAUUGCCAGACUUUCUCAAGUUUCACACAGGUCUGAAACAGUAAAAAUUUUGUGGGAAACUAUUGUGGAGAACUUGUGUGACACAAUCACACCUGAAAUGAAGGAGCUGGCAUAGGAAGUGGGCUGGAAACCAUUCUCUGCACACAGAUGUCCACUGCAGCUACAGCUCUGAAGGAGGAGGCAGAAACAAGAUGUUCAGAACAAAUAACUGAAUAAAGGUUCAUUUUUCACUGAAGCAAUUGUUGUAAGGUGUGGGUUUGCUGUUUAUCGGGUCAAACACAUGGACUUCUUUACUGAGGAAAGCAGAUUUCUUUAAGGAUUGAAAGAGGAAAACCAAAAUAUGUCUUACUAGGAGCAACAUGUAAACAAUACAAUCUUUAAUAUGUUGGGCAUCCUGAAACUGUGUUACAAUCAGCAUCAUAGCAGUUACUAGUAAUAUAAAUGGUUGUGGCUUCUUUGUACUUCUUCAUUCUGACUUGUCUGGUUUGUAUAUCUGCUAUCCACUCCCUGGCUUAUAGCAGAUGCUGUGGCAAUGUCAUUAGUACCCUUACAGAAGCAUCUAUCACUUCGUGCUAGAAAAAUUGCUCUUGAGCGCUGGGCCUUUUACUGUCCCCCACAGUAAAUCUGCAGUGUUUACAGGCCAAUAACAUGGAGCUGGUUUCCAGAGUUUGAUGUGUGUUGAAAUGUUUUUUAAAUUAAUUAUCUAAACUUCAAGCAAAUAAUAAUUUUGUCACCAAGAAGAAACUUCUUUGAGGGUGUGGAUCAGAUGAUCAUCCUCAUCUUGGACAAUCCUUGAACACCAUGUUAGAGGCACUCUGCCAGGAUGGCAAAUGGGAAACGUGUUUCCUUCAUCCUGCUGAUGCAGGAACUAAUUUACUUCCAUUGUUCAAGUUGCAUAUUUGAUAAGAGAUAUUUGCUGUCUUUCAAGACUGUUACUAUGGUUCCUUAAGAGUGUAUAUAUGUAUGUAUGUAUAUAUCAAUAUUCUGGAAGCAUUUGGUGAUCAUUGAUCUUAGAAGAAACACAUAUAUAUCCUUUCUUCUUUGUGAUUCUUUCAUUUUAGGAUAAUGACAAAUACAAAUUUCAUUAUGUGGAUAAAACACUGUCCUAACUGAAUUAAUAAAUGAACAGAAAGUGUA